AGACAAUUACGUAAUCAUUUGAUCUUGGUCUUUGACCCUGAUUCUAACCUGUCCACGUGCCAUCUUUAGCACGUAAAUCGCGAGCAUUGUUUAAUGUGAAUCGCUAAAACGUUGACAAAACGUACAGUAACGUUGCCAAAUCGCCUAGAAUAUUACAUGCGUCGAUAAAAAAGGCGCCUGUUGACGCUGUCAAGUCACAAGAAUGAAGGAAGAAGCCAAUAAUGAAGUGUUUAGCAAGGAACAGUGGAAGCUCGAGGCACAAGCAGUUAUCGAUGAUGUGAAGCAUCAUGUACGGGACAUUAAGAUAUCGGAGAAAUUACGAAACAACAAUCAGCGUUUUCAUUUGAAUCUGACCACGUUGGAGGGAUUGAAGUUUUGCGUCGAAUUGUCAAGCGCCGGUUUUAUCAUUGUUGGUAAAGCGCACGACAACACGUCGAACAGAGGAAGUGACCACUUUGAGACACCCUACAGCUUGCUAGAUUUCGUUAGCCCGCAGUACAGAGAUUCCUUCGGAAAUUCGCUCGUUAAUAAGCUUAAGCAAUUGAGUGACUGUCAGUGAACAAGUUUAAUUAGAAUUUUAUCGGUAUUAUUAAUAAACCAUCUUUAUUCUACUCUAUCACGACGAAAGAUUCAUCGCAGCGUUAAAUAUAGAUACCAAUAAAGUGCUGAACCCGAUUGUUUGAAUAUAUAUCAUUUGAAAAUAAGCGUUCAAAAUCCAAAAUAAAUCAUGAUUCUCGUCAAAUGCGUUUUCUCUUUGCGCAGUACUCAUUUAGUCCGAAUCUAGCCGAAGAUAUCCGAGUGUACGGUAAUUCGCAAGGACAGUGUCGUAUUCGAUACACAGUAACAAGUGUUCUGUAGUUCUCAUGUAUUUUGACACAAAGCGUUGCAU